GAUUUUCCCGGUGAAACAGGAAGCAACGUAAUCAGCCAAGAGUAAGGAUGGAGAAGGACGUGAUGGAGGUUUGCUGAGAGGAGGAAUAUGACAUAAUUCUUUAGCAUGAUAGGCGGGGCCAGCUGAGGAGAAUUUGAAACCGCGAUGCGUGGAAUGUGGCGAGAGCUACUUUUUCCAGUGCGAUAUUGGUCCCUCUAGGCGCUCGGUAGUCUGCGUCCGUUUCCUUGGAGACCGAGACAGGCGAGAAAGCAUCAGGUCUCUCUGGGAAGUUUGAGUGGCCUUGGUUACCGCGCGAUCCACGCUGAGACAAAGAAGUUGGAGAAGCCGAAGAAACAGGCAUCCCCCAAAAUCGGGGCCCCAAAGCCUCGGGACUCUUCUUCCAUUCUCCCUAAUGGCGCGCAACUUUCCAAAACGCAGCCGCUCUGGGAUCGGCUCCACAGUCCCCCAGUUCCAGGUUCUGGAUUAUGUUCCAUGGCAGCGGUCCAAGCAGAGAGCCAAGCCAUCUGCUCUGCCUCCAAUCCCACAGACUGUGGGCACUAAGAAAAAUGAAAGGAAGACCUGGUCUACCAUCCAGCCAGGGUGGCAAUCCAAGCCUACCUUGUGGAUGACAAGCCAGCCGAGGAAUCCACUAGAGCUGCGCAGAGGAAAGUUAGACUCUGGGAAGACACAGGCCACAAUCCGACUAAUGAGAACAAUGCUCCGGAACCGGCGAACCUCGUACCAGGAGCUCUGCGACCACGAGGACUUCCUCACCAACCACUGUGGGGAACUGAUCAAGGCCAUCCAGGACACAGAGGACAGCGCGGCCCUGAAAGUGCGGAUGUUGCUGCAGCAGCAGGACGUCUACAUGACCAUCACUGACAUCUUGGAGUACUCCAACAAGAUGAAGCUGCACCAGAUGAAGUGUGAGCUCCAGGAAUGGGAGGAGAAGGAGGAAUCCAAGAUCCGCAGUAAGAAUCUCUCCGCGGACCUGGAGCAGCAGGUGGAGCAGCUGGAUGCCCAGAUCGAGAAGGUCCGUGAACAGGUGAGCUUCGUGAGCACAUACAAGGACCACGAGUACCCCAUCAAGUUGGUACAGGUGGCCAACCUCGUGCGCCAGCUGCAGCAGGUGAAGGACAGCCAGUUGGACGAGCUAGAUGAACUCAGUGAGAUGUGCAGAAUGGUCCUGGCGUCUAUGUCCAACCAGAUUCAGAAUAAGAAAAAAAACCUUCUGAGGUCUCUGGUGGUGAAAAUCCAGCGUGCCGAUCAGGAGACUCUCCUGCAGAAGACCUGGAAUACCCGGGUUAUACUGAAAUACAUGGACAAGUUCCAAGAAGGAGUUUGUCCUGGACUAGGCCUUGCCUCAUUAACCAACACCACCAGCCGUGACCCAUCGGCAGCAUCACCAAGCUUCACCCACACAACCAUCACUUGACUAUCACUACCACUGCUUGUCUUCACCUCUUAAUUCUUGACAUAGACCAUCAUUCAAGACCAUGUUAAUGAAUUCCAUGAUCACCACCCUCUCACGGUAAUUUUUGUUAUCUUGCACUUUCAUCAGUUGUCUGCGUAAAUGACCUUCAUCAACUCCACCAGCCCCCACUAAUUCUCACUGUCGAGCACUGCCACCCCCUGCAGCCUGUCUCCCCUCACCUUUUUCAGCACCAUCAAACGUUGUCAGUAACUCAUGAGCCAGCCCUGCGCUGCAAGGAGGGAGCCCCGCUUUGGAGUCCAGAAGUCCCAGUGACAGAGCCCAGGCUAUUUCUCUAGAUGUCCUUAUUCACGCAUUUUGUCCUUUUCUUCUAUUGGUUGGGGGAUGUUUGGUUUCUCACUUUCACCUGCUUU